GGUAAUCUUAUCGUGCCUUCACGCUUAUUGCUAACACUCUCAGGAAACAGAAAAUCUUUAUAUAGACGUACUUAUAUAUCUAUAUAGAGAGAGAAAGUUCAAUUUCACCUCAAUCUCCCAAAUCUUCGUGUUCCCGUAACUGCUUGUACGCGUAUCACCCUCUACCUCUUUCUCUCUCUACCUCUGUUUCAUUUCAUUCAUCGCAUUUGUUCAUUCUUUCCUUCACAAAUCACAGACAAAAUUCAGAAUAAAUAAUCAUGGGUUUGCGAAGUCUCUUCAGUCGCAAGAAGAAACGCAGUAGUUCUUCACUGUCGAUCGCGAGCUCUCUCCACCAAUCCUCCCGAUCGCCGUCCAUGGCGUCGAACACCAUCUCCCGCGCGCAGAUCGAGGAAGAGCUGGCCCAAGUGUUCAAGAAAUUCGACGUGAACGGCGACGGCAAGAUCUCGUCGUCGGAGCUCGGCGCGAUAAUGGGCAGCCUGGGCAACGACACCACCGUGGAGGAGCUGGACAUGAUGAUCCGGGAGGUGGACGCCGACGGCGACGGGUUCAUCGACCUGAACGAGUUCAUCGAGCUGAACACCAAGGACAUCGACUCCGACGAGGUCCUGGAGAAUCUGAAGGAGGCGUUCUCGGUGUUCGACAUGGACAAGAACGGGUCGAUCUCGGCGGAGGAGCUGCUGAACGUGAUGAAGAGCAUCGGCGAGGAGUGCUCGCUGGCCGAGUGCCGGAAGAUGAUCAGCGGCGUCGACGCCAACGGGGACGGCAUGAUCAGUUUUGACGAGUUCAAGGCCAUGAUGAUGAUGGGCUCCAGAUUCGAUACGAUGGAGUCGCACAGAGUCCCAGCGGUCAACAAUUGAGAAUCCCAUUACAACUUAAUUCUCUCUCCCCCCUUCUCUCUCUCUCUCUCUCUAUAUAUAUAUAUCUAUAUAUAUUUUUCUUCUUUUAUUUUCAAAUUCUGAAUUAUAAUUUAGGGUUUUUAUAUUUCUUUCGUCUGGUAGAUUGAUGAUGAUGGGUUCCUUGAGAUUCAAAAUGGGAAUUCUUAGGGACAUGGGAAAAUUGUGUAUAGAUGACUGGGAUAUCUCUGCGCAUGAGAUUUUAUAUGAAAUCCAUUGACUUCUGUUUUUUUUUCCUGGAAAUUGGUUAUUUUCGUUUCAAUUUCAAAGUUUUUUUUGUUUU